AGAACAAACAGAGUCUGUUGAGGGAGGGACUCCGCUGAGCACUUCUCCGAACAUCGGCCCUGGAUAUUUGGGACAGAAACUCUUGAUGUUAAACUUGAAUAUGGACUACACGGUGCUGCUGCUGCUGCUGCUCAACCUCAGUGGAGCAAUUUGUGCCGUGGUGCAAUGGAAAGAAUUAAAUGAAGCAAAGGCCUAUUUGAGGCAGUAUGGCUACCUGAAUGACCCCGCUGACCCACAGGACCCUCAUUACCUAGAGGAGAUCAUUGAAGCGCUCAGGGUUUUCCAGAGGGUGAAUGACCUGCCAACUACUGGAGAAUUAGACGAAGCUACUCUGGAGGUGAUGAGACAGCCGCGCUGUGGCAUGGAGGACCCCUUCAACAAGAAGUUUCACAAGUACAGAGUGAUGGGUCAUUGGAGAAAGAGGAGUCUGACCUAUCGCAUCUACAACUACACACCUGACAUGAAGAAGACAAAUGUGAAGAUGGCUAUCCGCUCUGCCUUCAACUACUGGAGUGACGUGGCUGCUUUGGCCUUCAGAGAGAUCCACUAUGGCAGAGCAGACAUAAAGAUCUCCUUCCAUAAGAACGACGGCUACUGUUCUGUCCCAUUUGAUGGCCGUGGUCAUGUACUGGCCCACGCUGAGUCACCAGAAUCUGGCAUUGUCCACUUUGAUGAGGAUGAGUUCUGGACUGAGGGAACAUAUUAUGGUACUAAUCUGCGUAUUGUAGCUGCACAUGAAAUCGGCCACGCCCUCGGCCUGGGUCAUUCUCAGUUCAGAAGCGCUCUGAUGGCUCCGGUCUACUCUGGCUACCGUGCCAACUUCAGGCUGCACACAGAUGAUAUCAGAGGCAUCCAGGCGUUAUACGGCAAACGCAUCACCAGCACUUUAGCCAGUCCCACAACUUCAGACAGUCUGUUUCCCACAAAGAGCAGCCAUGACACUGAGAACGUCCCUGACCCCUGCACUGCCACACUGGAUGCCAUCAUGCUAGGUCCAUGGAGGAAAACCUUUGCUUUCAGUGGUGACUACGUGUGGACGAUCUCGGAUCUGGGACACAACACACCAAUGAAGAUUGACAGGCUGUGGAGGGAACUCCCUGGAAACCUGAACGCUGCUGUGCACUCUCAAAGAACCAACAAGACAUACUUUUUUAAAGACAAUAAAGUGUGGAAGUAUACCAUGUUCAUGCUGGACUACGGCUACCCCAAAAAGGUCAAACGGAUCCCUCCUAAUAUUGAUGCAGCCUUGUACCUGGAGAAGAACAAGAAGCUGGUCUUUAUCAAGGGCUCAGAGCACUGGCAGUGGGAUGAGCUGAAGUAUACCGACUUAACUCUCUACCCCAAGCCGCUCUCUGUGCUCUUCUCCGGAGUGCCCUCCAGUCCGGAUGCAGCCUUAACUUGGACCAAUGGCAAAAUCUUCUUCUUCAAGGGAAAUGAGUACUGGCGCGUAAAUGAGCAGCUGAGAGUCGACAGAGGAUACCCACUGGGAACUAAGGAGCGCUGGAUGCGAUGCUAAUGGUCGACCAUCAGGGGGCAGCAGGUACCAAGAGGUCUACUGCAGGGGUGCUGGUUUCACUCCAGGGGCAUUGACAACCAUGCAACCUCAACAGCAGUGCUUGAUUGUGGUUUCUCAUCUACCAUUUUAAAAACAAAAAGCUAGUAUGGGGAUUGGAUUUUUAUUUCACUGGAUCAGAUUGUAACUAAUCUACUCACGCCCUACGAAGCAGGCUGGAUUUUGUGAGACUUGAGUUCUUGAGCACAAACGUGUGUUUUGUGACAGAGAAAAUUACGUAAGAUUUUGCAUGAGCUCAGGAAGAAAUCAAGGGGAGGCUUUCUGCUCUUCUCUCUAACAUAUGUGUUGGAUUAUGUGUCUUAAUACUUUCAGUGAGAUUUGGGAGUGUGCACUCUGUUGAGAGAUUUUGUUUAAGUAUGUUCAGUGCUCUUAAAUGUUCCUUAUUUCAUGAAUCACACUGUUCUGUGAGACGCCAUGUGACCUAAAUCUGUCAUGAUUUUUUUUUUUAAAGAAAUUAAAUGUUACGUUUUCUACAAUUAAACAAUGUAUUUUUUAUUUUAUUUUA